AUGACUGGUGUAAGAAGGAAGAAAGCACAGCGAAAAAGGCGAGUAAAUACCACUAAAGUCGGGUCAAAAAGAAAGAAGAAGGACAAAAAGGUGAAGGUGUUAAAGUAAGUCAAUUUUCUUUCCUGAAAAGAGACAAUUCGCCUGGGUAUUUUCUAGAUUGGAUUCGAAUCCAGAUGGUCGCCUUGCGCGCACGCACAGAUGUCCCAACAGAUAAUUUUCAACAUUUUGUAUUUUGGAUAGUUUUCUUGUGGCUGCAAUUUCUUACUGCCUAUUUCUAAAAAAAAUUCAGUAAACAAACAGCUCAAAACCUCUGCUGUGCGCUUUAAAUCGAAUACUCGAGAGUUUUCUCGUCGAUGUUGGAUCUGGUUUUGAGGUUUUUCACACAUACCAUAUACGGUAUCUUUGCUGAACCUGUUGCAAGAUAAGACCGGAAAUUUCGAAUGAUGCUGUGAGUUUGACAUGCACCCACUGAAAUGUAGGAAGUUUUAUCACGGCUUGUGGAGACAUUCAUGUAUUUAUUCCAUGUCCUAUGAUUGCACUGCAGCCAAACGUUGCGUAAGAACUGGGACCAGAAAAAAACACUGAAGCAGAAUCUCCAAGAUCUUGGCUUGGCAUUUGAUGCUAAUAAAGCAGUGCCACUUCCAAAACAAAAUGUUAAGGUGAGUUAUCGGCAUUAUUAGAUAUAAUAAUAAGUUUUAUUAAUGUGUGUGAUACAGUGGAACCCCGCUAUGCAUUUGCAUCUAGCAUCGCCAAGCAGUUUUUCUUUGAAAACAGGAUUAUUGUUACCCCACAUUCUCACCCCAAUGUCAUCACUUUAACGGUACAUUAAAAUAUUUUGAAGAAUGUUUUUACUUUUUCUAUGAUAUUUUUAGAGUCAGCAGUCGGAGGAAACUGAAAAAAUGGAAAUAGAUAAAGAGCCAACACCUGUGAUUAAAGGUAUUGUUGAACAGGCAAUAUUUAAUAAUUUUGUUAACUAACCCACCGGUAGUUCAUCAGUUGAUUACAUUUUAUUGCUUAUUGUUUCAUUUUGAUGUAAACCUUUUUGUGUUACUGUCAAGAGCACAAGCAUUUCUGAAACCAUCCAAAAUUAAUAAAAUAUUAUUAUCGUGGUAUUUUUUUUAUUUAUAAACAGCAGCAUCUAUAGCACACAAGCAUUGAAUUUUGUUUCCAAGAAUUAAGUUGUGAGCAAACCACAAUAGACCUCUUUAGCUUGUAUGUUUUGUUUUCCCAAUACAGGUCACGUAAUAAUACUCCAGAGAACUGUUUCUUUCAGAUUCCGUCUUAUUCACGUGCAUAUCUAUGCAUGAUUUAUGAAAAGACAAUGGGUCAAGUUCCCAUGGGACCUCUAUUGGAAAAACAACACAUACAAGCUGAAGAGGUCUAUUGAUUAGUAUGUGUAAUCAAAUGGUGACGAGCGAAAUUAGGGAAUAAUUUUACGCACGUUAAUUAUUCCCUAAUUUCAUGAGUAUACCAUUUGAUUACCUAUUAAUAUCAUGGGUGACGAAUUACGUUAUAUAGCAAUCUUGGAUUUUUGACAUGUUUAUCCUGGAUCGUAUCGAUCAAGAACUCCACUCUCUCAAAUGUUUAGACCUUAAAUUUGGCUUAUAAAGUUCAGAAUUUUUCCGACUUUUUCGGCAAAAUACCUGUUAGAAUCCCUCUAGAUGUUCUCUUGUGUGUUCAGGUUUUCUAAAGCGUCUUUUUGUGCCCUGAUAUCUUCAUUCACAGCAUUUUAAAACUUUGUCGCCAUCUUGACACUGAGACGUACGGAAGGGUUGCCAUGGCAAUUUUGUAAUUUCACAUGUGAAAUUACAAAUUAACGCUGAAAUUUCACGCCAAAAUGAAGGAGUAAUUCGUCACCUAUGAUAUUAAAACAAAAAUGCAAAGGUCUGGAAAACCAAUUUUAGUAAUUGCUGUUAUUUUUACCAAUGCUAGAAUUUGAACAAAUAGCUGCAAAUGAAGUCAAAGGUGAAAGACAUAUUUCCCCAGGUGAAGCACAGUUUCUUUGGCAACUUAUUCAAGAUCAUGGAACAAACUACAAGGUAUGAAAUGUGAUAAUGCUGCUCUUACAAUAAAUGCCUUUUUUCUACUGAAUUACUUGUUGAAGUGUCAGCUGCAUUGUCACCCAUAUCAUGGUGGGCAAAGAUGGUGUUUUUGAAGAUGCAUUUCAAUGGACCAAUAAUUCUAAUAUAUUAAAAUUCAUACUUGGCUGUGAGGCUUGGGGUAAUAAAACAAAAGAAAUCAUCUUUAGGCUCAAUAACAAAUAAUACAUUUCUUUCGUUUUAUUUUCCCAAGCCUUGUAGCCAAGUAUGAAUUUUAAUAUAUCGAAAAUGGUCUAUUAGCUCAUUAUGACAAAAUAGCUACAUCUACUUCAUUCUAGGGGACCCCAUAAAAAAGAUCACAGUGAUUGUUGGUCAAUUAUUUUAUUAAGCCACACCUUGAUAUACCAAACUCUGGAAAUGUGACCCCUGUUGUUAAAAAAGAUAGAUGGCACUAUCCAGUAGAUAAGUAUCAGGGAAACCAUUAUUGCAUUGUCCACUGGACAGAGACAGAGAUUUAUCCAGUGGGUAGUGCUAUCCACCUAUUGAACAACUGGGGCCUGAAAUCUCAAAACUUUCUCUUUUGCACCUCCCCCUCCCCCCCAAAAAAUAAUCAACCAGCCCUACCCCUGACACACACAAAUCUGCAGUUGCCAAAUCACUUCUGUCAUAAAAGAACUGAAGACAAAAGUACACUAUAUUUUGGCAUUGGUGUCAGACACUCUGUAAAUACCUUUUUAUUUUGCAACUGAUUUUGGCUUUGAAGUUACGUUUUCAAAAGCCAUGUUUAUUGGGAAGAUAUGGUGACCCUGUACAUGUAUGUGGUCAUUUGCCCUCAGUCCAGGAGACUUUCAGAUAAUUUGACAGACUUGGCAUCAUUGUCUUGUGCACAAUGUAUGAGGUCUCAGAAUCAGCAUUGUGAAGGCUCUCAUAUAUAUUAUAUUUGCCUAACUGACUUUCUUUUUUAAAGGUAAGAAAUAAAGCGUCCUUAUUUUCCAUCAAUAGCUCAAAAUAGUCAUGUAACUAACAAACCUGAGGCCAACGGCACACUCGUACUACUCCCCUCUGCUCUGUUUUAUGGGUACUUAAAGCUACUUAAAGCUACACGGGAAGGAAAGAAGUCAAAAGUAAGGAUUUGUGCUCAGACCUGGGAUUUGAACUCAGGACCUCCCACACAGAAGGCCAUGCACUAACCAACUGCGCUAAUCCUUCCUCCUUACAGGCUAUGUCAAGAGACAAGAGAAAUUACCAGCAACACACACCAAAACAGCUGAAGAGGAAAUGUGAGGCAUUCUUAGGUUCAAAACAAGACUUCAGUGGAUGUUUGGAAAACGUUGGUUAGGGACAAUGAAAUAUUGUAAAUAGGGACAAAAGUGACUUGAAAGUUAACCAUGAAACUCCAUUUGCUGGCCUUCUUACUUAAUUUAAAGCGAACGUUAUUAACGGAAAAUUCCAAUUUUUUAUUAAAUCAAAGUAAAUUGCCUUU